CAGACGGUGCCAACCCCGGGGCUGGACUGUCGGUGGCCUCAGCGCUCUGCAGGCGCGCACUCCGCCCCACACCCGGCUCUCUCGGCAUCUCAGACGCAGAGGUGCGCCUGGGAAGUUGGAGCUCCAGCAGGGGAUCCUUGAUGCCCAAGAUGAUCCUGUCUAACGCCACAGCAGUGAUGCCUCUUCUGAACAAGCUGUGGCAGGAGACCAUUCAGCAGGGAGGCAACGUGUCGGGCCUGGCCCGCAGGUCCCCCCGUGGCGAUGACAGCAAGUUGGAGGCCCUCUACGUCCUCAUGGUGCUGGGCUUCUUUGGCUUCUUCACCCUGGGCAUCAUGCUGAGCUACAUCCGCUCCAAGAAGCUGGAGCACUCUCAAGACCCGUUCAACGUGUACAUCGAGUCUGAUAGCUGGCAAGAGAAGGACAAGGCCUACGUCCAGGCUCGGGUCCUGGAGAGCUACAGAGCGUGUUACGUCUUCGAAAACCAGCUGGCUGUAGAACAACCCAACACACACCUUCCCGAGACGAAGCCUUCACCAUGAACCCCACCACUGGCUAACACUGGACACAUCCUGCCUGGCAACCUGAUUUUCUAAUCAUAUUCCUCUCAUACUCUUUACUGUAA